AUGGUUCAUGGUCUUUUUACUACCAGAUCGCCGUCAACUUCUCCGCCUGUUCUUUCACGAUGGGCUAUCAACGAUUUCGAUGAUAGAAGAGUAUGCUUCAGUCCUAAUACUAGGGGCAUUGCUUUAUACGUGGCUGGCAUUUUGUUUGGAAUAGGAUGGUGGGGGUUUAUAUGUGCCUUAAUUUAUCCUGCUAUUGAUAACCAUAAAGACAAUAUCUUCUCUGCUAUUUCAUUUGAAGACUAUAUUUGUGGCAUUUUAUCAACUAUCGGAAUGAUCAUUGCAAGUUCAGUAGAUAGAUCAAUCCUCAAUGAUGGUGUUUAUCUACAUUCAACCAAAGUGCUCUGGAAGGCUCGUUUGCUCUUAUUUUUAGGCUUUACUUUACUGGCUUGUGGCUUAUGUGGUUCUGUGGCGGUAUUUGUUUUUAAAUACACAUUAGACGGUAUGAAAGUGGAUCGAUUUUACUUUGGAAUUGCCAUAAUUGCUCAAAAUGCUUGUAUUAUGAUAAGUUCCAUUGCUUUAUUAAUUAGUCAAAGAUAUUAUCCAAAAUACGAUUACUUGCUUUAA